AACUAAUGUUCUUUAAGGCAUAAGUUGAGCUUGAAAUAUGAUAGGGCAAAAACAAAUUAAUUGAAGCAAAAGCAAAAAUUACGAAAGAACGAAAAGAAGCUAAUAGAUACUUGAAUAUAGUUAGAAAAAACUAUGGGUUUAAUAAGAGAAAGAGAAUUGUUAUCAGUAGGGAGCAAAAUAAAAUUUUUGAUGAUCUUAGAUUUAGAGAUUAAAUAGAGAAAUUUAAUUAAGAAUACAGAAGAAUGAG